ACCUAUGGUCUAUGGAGGAUGAAUAGCAAGAUUUGACGCACAAAGCAUCGAACGCGAGUGCCACGUCACGGCCGCUCAACCAAGGACCGGCAAUGGCCGCUCGAUUGAUUACGCAUUACCGCGGUAAUCUUGUCGAUGCUUCCGCUCAGUUUUCUGCGACCUCGCCCAGGAAGUUCGCUGCCGCCACGAAAUGAAGAUGUGACUGUUAUCGCACGUUUGAUUAUUAUUAUUGUUAUUCGAAAGCCGCCGGCAUCUGGGGCAUCGUCAUCUAGGGGAGGCUCGCUCUCAUUUCCUUGCAAACGCCCGACUCUGUUGAUUCCACGGAAGUGUUGGGGACUGAAUUUUUCUCGGGACUCUGAUCUUGGUCGAGGGUGUCUUCUGUCUUAGGAAGAACAAUUUAGGGAGAUGCCUCUGUCUAUGUUCUUCAAGGAAGCGAGAAACGUUUUCAAGAAAGACGAGCUCGGCAUUGAAAUAGCACAGAUUGCGCUCCCGGCAGCUCUGGCUUUAGCAGCGGAUCCCAUAGCUUCUCUCAUUGAUACUGCGUUCAUUGGCCAUAUAGGUCCGACUGAGCUUGCAGCUGUAGGAGUCGCCAUUGCCGUUUUUAAUCAAGUGUCGAAGAUUACAAUUUUCCCUCUCGUCAGUAUUACAACUUCGUUUGUUGCAGAAGAAGAUUCCAUAGAGCGAUUGCAUAUUGAAGCACAGAAAAACAGAAAUGGUGACAAAUGGUUAUCUGUCUAUGAGGAAAGGGAUAUUGAAAUGGAAGAGCUGUUACCUCAGAGCGAUUCUACCAGCAAGUCAUCAUCCACCAGUACUAGUUACGAUGAAAUGGCUAAUCUUGACAAUAAGAGAAGACAUAUCCCAUCAGCUUCAUCGGCAUUGGUCAUUGGGAGCGUUCUUGGGAUAGUGCAAACUUUGUUCCUCAUAUUUGCUGCCAAGCCAAUCUUAAACUUCAUGGGUGUGAAGUCUGACUCACCCAUGCUAAUGCCUGCUCAAAAGUACCUAACAUUGAGGUCCCUUGGUGCUCCGGCUGUUCUUCUUUCUUUAGCCAUGCAAGGAAUCUUUCGAGGAUUUAAGGAUACAAAAACUCCUUUGUAUGCGACAGUGUUGGGUGACGCUUCAAACAUCAUCUUAGAUCCUCUAUUUAUUUUUGUUCUCCGGAUGGGCAUCAGCGGUGCAGCAAUUGCCCAUGUUAUAUCUCAGUAUUUGAUUUCACUUAUACUGCUAUGGAGAUUAAUGUCACAAGUUGAUCUAUUACCUCCAAGCAUUAAAGAUCUCAAAUUUGAGCGAUUCCUGAGGAAUGGAUUUCUCUUGCUGGUGAGAGUAAUUGCUGUAACAUUUUGUGUUACCCUGGCAGCAUCAUUGGCUGCCAGGCAUGGAGCAACAUCAAUGGCUGCCUUCCAAGUUUGCCUGCAAAUUUGGCUUGCAACUUCUUUGCUUGCUGACGGAUUGGCUGUUGCUGGACAAGCAAUCCUUGCAAGUGCAUUCGCUAGGGCAGAUUAUGAGAAGGCCACAUCAACAGCUUCUCGUGUACUGCAGUUGGGUUUGGUCAUGGGGUUAGUUCUCUCUGUUGUCCUUGUUAUGGUGUUACAGUUCGCUUCCAGAUUAUUUACGAAGGAUGUUGGUGUUUUACAUCUCAUCAGUGUGGGGAUUCCGUUUGUUGCAGUGACUCAACCCAUCAACGCUUUAGCCUUUGUUUUUGACGGAAUCAACUAUGGCGCGUCUGAUUUUGCAUAUUCAGCCUACUCAAUGGUGCUGGUGGCUGUAGUGAGCAUUGUAUGUUUGUUUUCGCUGUCCUCAACUCACGGUUUCAUAGGAAUUUGGAUUGCUUUGACCGUCUAUAUGACUUUGAGGACAUUUGCUGGUUUCUUAAGGAUCGGUGCUGGGAUGGGACCUUGGGGAUUCCUAAAGAACUAAUGGCAGCCUCAACCUUCGUUUGUCAUUUGGUUUUUUGCAUUCCAACAUAGUUUCCUUGACACUUUGGAUCCCAGACAACUCGCACACCCGUCACACGAUACUAUCAGCGUAUCGUUGUAUCAUUUCCUUGACGUGAUACCUCCACAUGUAUGUAGACUGUUCCCCUCAAUUUGAAGGAAUAGAAAGUAUUCUGCAAUAAAAGUUUUCUUUACCAUGUAUUAACGGUCAUUCGAUUACACAUAUCCACUGGUCUCAUUGUUGGCAAA